AUGACUAUUAACAAUUAUUUCCAAUUGACUUUUUAUUUGGUAUCUCAAUAUAUAAAUGAGAUAUAUCCUACAUCUGAAGGGUUUAAACAAGUUCAAUUCACUGAUGACACUAAACUUAAACAAGUGAAAUUGUUUAAAGGUGAAGAACAAUUAUUGAUAUUAAGUUUUACAGAAAUUUCUGAAACUCAAUCAUUAGUCAAUUUAUUAAAUAUUGUUGGUAGAUUAGAUAAUGCUUUAAUUAAUUGGGAAUGGUUUAUUACUGAUAGCGAUUAUACCGUUAAAUUCCCUAUUGAUGCUUCAAAAAUCCCUCAAGAUUUAAUUGAUAAAUUUAAAACAAAAUUUAGAUUAAUCGUUGAUGAUGAAAAAGUUAGUUCUAUAUUUAGUAAUACACCUAAAGGUCCAAUAAUUGAAGAACACACUGAUUCGGAAAGUAUUAGAUCUCCAACUCCGGAAUUACCAUACAAUCCAGUUGCAACAACAGCAACAGCAACACAACCACAACCGCAACCACCAGCAGCUGCACAUCCAGAUAAUUCGAUAUUUACAGGAUCAUCUGUUUCUACUACGAAAAGACCUCUGGAUAUGCCUGAUUUUGACGAUGAAUACGAAAUUAAAAAUCCACCACCACCACAACCAUUAACUAAUCAAUUGGGGAGAAAUAACAAUAAUAACAAUAACAAUGUAAUACCAUCAAUUGGAUCAGAUGAUUUAAAUCCACCAGGGAUUCCUCAACAUCCUACUUUAACACCAUUUAUAGAUCCUUUACAAAAUUCUCAAGGUCAACAUCAAGGAAUGUAUCCUACUUCAGAUCAUCCUAUUUUCGGUCAACAUCAACAAGGACAAGGCCCUAAUUCGAGAGCUCCACCUGGUGCUAGAUUUGAUGAUCCAUUUGGUGGAAGUUCUUCGGAAGGACCAUUUGGUGGUCCACUGGGUAAUCCAUUUGGCGGAUCACUGGGUGGUCAUUUUGGCGGUAUUUAA